AUGUCAGCCCAAGAUAUCAAUUGCUUACAGAAUUCCUUCCAGAAAGCUAUUAACAUGUCUGGUUCUCCAGGUAUAGUUUCCACUUCACCUACUCAAUCAUUUAUGAACACACUACCCCGUCGUUUAAGUACCUCGAAACAAUCUAAAGCUCUUAAACCCUUCUCGACUGGUGACAUCAAAAUCUUGUUAUUAGAAAAUGUCAAUACUGCUGCAAUUCAAAUAUUCAAAGAACAAGGUUAUCAAGUGGAUUUCUACAAAUCAUCUCUACCUGAAGAAGAUCUCAUUGAAAAAAUUAAAGAUGUGCACGCCAUUGGUAUUAGAUCUAAGACUAAAUUAACUGCAAAUGUUCUACAACAUGCUAGAAACUUAGUUGUCAUCGGUUGUUUCUGUAUUGGUACUAAUCAAGUAGAUCUUGACUACGCUGCCAAUAUGGGUGUUGCUGUCUUCAACUCUCCAUUCUCAAACUCUAGAUCUGUGGCUGAAUUAGUUAUUGCGGAAAUUAUCAGUCUAGCAAGGCAACUUGGUGAUAGAUCCAUUGAAUUACAUACAGGUACAUGGAAUAAAGUUUCUGCUAGAUGUUGGGAAAUUAGAGGUAAGACAUUAGGGAUUAUCGGUUAUGGUCAUAUUGGGUCUCAAUUAUCUGUUUUGGCUGAAGCAAUGGGUAUGCAUGUUAUAUAUUAUGAUAUUGUUACUAUUAUGGCAUUAGGUACCGCCAAACAGGUUUCUACCUUGGAUGAAUUAUUGAACAAAUCAGAUUUUGUUAGUUUACAUGUUCCAGAAACUUCAGAAACGAAAAACAUGCUAUCUUUCCCUCAAUUUGCAGCUAUGAAAGAUGGUGCAUACGUCAUAAAUGCUUCAAGAGGUACUGUUGUCGAUAUUCCAGCUCUUGUGCAAGCUAUGCAAGCAGGCAAAAUUGCAGGUGCUGCGUUGGAUGUGUAUCCAAAUGAACCUGGUAAAAAUGGUGCUAACACGUAUAAUGAUGACUUAAAUUCUUGGACUUCACAAUUGGUCUCAUUACCAAAUGUUAUCUUGACUCCACAUAUCGGUGGAUCCACUGAAGAAGCACAAAGUGCGAUUGGUAUCGAAGUGGCUCAUUCAUUAUCUAAAUACAUCAAUGAAGGUAAUUCAGUCGGUUCUGUCAACUUCCCUGAAGUCUCAUUGAGAUCGUUGGAUUUCGAUCAAGAAAAUACAGUACGUGUCUUAUACAUUCAUCGUAACGUCCCCGGUGUGUUGAAAACUGUUAAUAAUAUUUUAAGUAGUCAUAAUAUCGAAAAGCAAUUUUCAGAUUCUAACGGUGAUAUUGCUUAUUUGAUAGCUGAUAUCUCACAAGUUAAUCAAAGUGAUAUUAAGAACAUUUAUGAUGAAUUAAACCAAACAUCAGCCAAAAUCUCUAUCAGAUUAUUAUACUAA